AUGGCAGCUCCAACUUCGAAUGAGCCGGUGCUCAAGCUCCCACACCCGUACCUCACCUCCUACGUCCUGGUCAACACCUCGCGCCCUUCAGAUUCCACCCCUUGGCUACAAGUGAAAGCCCAAGAAGAGGAUGCUACCAAGUCUGAUACGAAGAAGACAAAGCCCUUACCUGAGCCUCUCGACAGCAACACCAUCUUCUUCACAGAGCCCACGGAGCUAAAGUCAGGCGAGCGCCCGCCCGAGUCAAACAACACACCAUGGGGACGCGCUCGUCGCUCCCCUGCCUCGACCCUCGCAUGGGAUGACGCAACGCCGCCUACCCUCGCACAAGCCUGGCUCAUCAUCUACGUCCUCUUCACAAUCCGCCCGUCAAUGGAAGGGCUGCGCCUCACGGUCUCCGGGCCCGGCAGGGAUGUGCUCGUAGCGCAGCUCAAAGACGUGCUACUAGCCGUCGACCACCCAACAUCCGGGGGCCUCAGCGACGAGCUCCUCGUGCUACGCAGCACGUUCUGGCAGGGGGCGGGGUCGCCCUUCGGGCCGCGCAGCGUCUGGCUCCCGGAUACCGACUCCUCCUCGGUCCUCGCGAAGCCACUGUCGAGCUACCCGCUGACACCCCUCGACUACACGAUGACGUCGGAGGCCGGGGGCGCGCCGGCGUGGCACCCGCGACGGCCCGCGAAGCCGCGUCCCGGGUCCGUCGUCUACAGCCGGUGGAUCCCGCACCUGCGCGAGAACUUCAGCAUGGUCGCGCUCGACUGGCAGGACCCGGCGCACCUGGAGCUGUUCCACAACUGGCAGAACGACCCGCGCGUGUCGCAGGGGUGGAACGAGACGGGCACGCUCGAGCAGCACCGCGAGUACCUCCGCCGCGCCCACGUCGACCCCCACCAGAUCACGCUGCUGGCUGCGUUCGACGAUACGUUUUUCGCGUACUUUGAGGUGUAUUGGGGCAAGGAAGACCGCCUCGGCGCAUACUACAGCGCCGGCGACUACGACCGGGGCCGGCACUCCCUCGUCGGCGACGUGCGGUUCCGCGGCCCCCACCGGGUGACGGCGUGGUGGUCGAGCCUGAUGCACUACCUGUUCCUCGACGACCCGCGCACGACGCACGCCGUCGGCGAGCCCAAGUACACCAACAGCUCGGUGCUGGCGUACGACUUCAUGCACGGCUUCGGGCUCGACAAGUUCGUCGACCUCCCCCACAAGCGCUCCGCCUUCGUCCGCUGCUCGCGCGAGCGCUUCUUCCAGCUCGCGCCGCUGGCUGAGAGCGAGAAGGUGGUUGGAGGUACGUUGGUGGGGUUGAUGCCGAAGUUGUAAGAUGGGUGGGGAGGUAGGCAAAAUGAUGAUGAGAGAAUGAGAGAAUGAGAGGAAUGAGAGGAGAGGAGGGUCGGUGUAGGAAUCGAAUCGAAUCGGAUCGGAUCACGUGCGUGCUCGAGUUGUACAAUACACAAUUGAACUUGCGGGAGAAAAAGUUGGCGGCCGUUUUGUUUUCUUUAAUUCUUUUUUUUUUCUUUUUUCAAUCGGUCUCUAAAUUUGCAGGAAUUGAUACAUAUAUACGAGGACCUAUAUACCUAGAUGAUAACUGGAAAUGAAUAUACAGUAAUUGUGCUGUACCUAAGUACAAUCUUAUUUACGCUCGACGAACUUCUUUUGAUGAAAAUUGAUCAUUAUGUACAUAGAGCCAUAUCAUGGACCUAUCAGUAUCUAGCAUGGCAUGUAACGCUACGCAGACACGCUCCAAGUUUAUCUACCGUGGGUCUUUCCCUCUGCGCCGAUACACCUAAUAUCCAAAGCCAAGCACAUAUCAUAGUUUCUUCUUUCUUCUUUAUGGGUUUUUUUAUUUACAUCCCAAGACGGAGAUGAUCCCAGACAACUGUUGGUACAGGUUAGCAAU